AUGAAAUCAUACGUCCUCCUCCUUGCAAUUGCUGCCGCUGCUUUCGGCCAAUACACCGGCCCAUGCACUACCUCAGCGUGCGGCGCCGGGGGCAAUCCAUGUCCAAGGGGUUACCUCUGCGUCCCAUACCCCAACUUCGAUCCCGCCCAGAGGAAGGGUUGCGCCUGCAGUUAUGGAUGA